CUUCAAGACACGAGACAGAGAAAGCAAGCAAGCCAAGGCAGACCAAACCACAGACAUGCGCGUGUGUGCUGGGGAAGGAUGCGAGAAGGAGGGCACGAUGCGUUGCCCGACAUGCAUCAAGCUUCACAUCGAGGAAGGCAGCUACUUCUGCGAUCAGGUGUGUUUCAAGGCCAACUGGGCCAAGCACAAGGCCCUGCACAAGAAGGCAAAGCUUGAGGCUGCCAAGAUCCAGCAGGAGAACAGCGCCACCGAUCCAAAGGACCUGUCUGUGCAGUUGGACUGGCCAGGCUACAGGUUCUCAGGUCCACUGCGCCCUCACAAGCAAUCACCUCGCCGUCUUGUGCCCAAACACAUCCAACGCCCGGACUACGCCAACAACGAUGAGGGCUACCCGUUCUCCGAGGCCAUGAACAAGUCCAAGCUGCGGUGCCUGAGCAAAGAGGAAAUUGCAAAGAUGAAGCACGUCUGCAAGCUUGGGCGGGAGGUGCUGGAUGCGUGCGGCGCCGCCAUCCGGCCCGGCAUCACCACCGACGAAAUCGACCGCGUCUGCCACGAGGCAUCGAUUGAGCGGGACUGCUACCCGUCCCCACUCAACUACUUUCAGUUUCCAAAGUCUUGCUGCACGUCGGUGAACGAGGUGAUCUGUCACGGCAUCCCUGAUGGCUACGUCCUGCAGGAUGGUGACAUUGUCAACGUUGACAUCUCUGUGUUCCACAAGGGCUACCACGCUGAUUUGAACGAGACGUUCCUGGUUGGCGAGGUCGAUGAGAAGACCCUCCACCUCGUCAAGACCACCUACGAGUGCUUGGACAUGGCCAUCAAGUCUUGCAAGCCGGGCAUGCGUUACCGCGAUCUCGGCAACAUCAUCAGCAAGGUGUGUGGGGCCGAUACAUUCGCUUGUUGGCGUGCUUGGUUUGUUGGUGUGAUUGGUUUGUUUGUGAGGUUGCUCGCGCAGAACAAGGCAGUUGGCAUUAUGAAGCCCGGGCACGUGUUUACCAUUGAGCCCAUGAUCAACUUGGGGACGUGGCAGGAUCAGACGUGGCCGGACAAGUGGACGUCGACGACGAUUGACGGCAAGCGGUCGGCGCAGUUUGAGCACACGCUGCUCAUUACAGAGACUGGGGUGGAGGUGCUCACCGCACGCACCAAGGACUCGCCCGUUGGGCCGCAGUGGUUCCAGACUGUGCUGGAGAAGAAGGCCGCCGAGAAGAAAAGUGGGAGUGAUUGAAAGGGGCUGUGAUGUGAUGUGAUGUGAUGUGAUGCGGCCACGCUCAUUGUAUUGUGUCUUGUGGUCGUGCUCGUUUGUUGUCGUUUGUGGUGGUGGUCGCGGUCGUUCGUGGUGUUGUUCGCCCACACAAAAAAAAAAAAACCGAAGAAUUAAAAAAAUUGAUGUCACA